UGUAAUUUCGUCAUAAAUAUGUAACGCAUAGCAGGUGUCAUCUCCGACCCCAUAAAGUACAUAUACUCCAGAUCAGCAUCAAUAGCUGUCCACCUGAUCUAGCCAUGUCCACCUGUCCACCACAAACUAGUCUUAGUUUUUAAAAUAUCAUGAAACCUUGCAUAGGCACGUCAUUCUGUUGCCAGCACUACAUAAGUCGGAACCGAAUGGAUUGGAUUACUAAGUAUAUCGCAUGUUUGCCAUAGGAACGAUCUGUCGACAAUUAAGUUCCUGUAAGAAAAACUUGGUAUUUAAAAGCUUUCACUCUGCUCAUAAUGUGUUAAGAAAAAGAAGAUCUUUCUUCUAAGAUCCAGCUUGGUCUAAGGUCGAAGGUUAUUCUGCGCGCUUACCAACACUGGACUGACAACAAAGAAGGAGUUGCCCGGGCAACAAUUUCCUGUCUCCAUGACUAACCACAGCUAUAUGGAUUUCACGUAUUGCGAAUUCCCCAGCACCGUCUCUAUUGACACCUUCAAGGCCUAUUUCAAUCCCAACGAUGUCAAGCUGCCCCAAGUCAAUAGUAAAUCAUUGGACCAAUUCCAGCCCGAGACCGGCGAGGGCCAAGCAAAUCAAGCGAAAAGUCUGCGACAUCUUGUGCUCGAUGCCAUCGUAAGCAAUUGGAACGAGCUGCCGCUUUACCGACAGCUGCGACGACGCCAGGACCGUAACUAUAUACUCAGCCAGCUGGAUACGCAGCUGCCGCUGCAGUUGCUCAGCUCUCACAUCCGUGACGAUUACUUCUGGCGGCGCUGCUAUGAGCUACGCUGGCGCAUGGCGCCAAUGCAGGCGCGGGGCAUGGAACGGCGCUGGAUUAACAUUUACAUGGAGCGACAUGUGCAGGAGUUUAUUGAAAAUAUGCAAACCGGCGACUACGAGCAGGAUGGCAAUGUGCAGGCCGCCUUGGACAUCUGUGCGUCGUACAUAAAUCAACUAGAGAUAAAUCUACUACAGCCCCCGCCGCCAGGCGGCGAGAGCAAUGAUCACAUUCCGCUUGAUUACCUGCUGAGCAAUCUGCCGGACUUACGCCGACUGCGGCUGAGCUACAGCACAAAGACAGCGGGCAUCAAUUACCAAAUAGGCUGCAAUCAACUGACGGCCCGUGACAUACUGCUGCUGGCCAAGGGACUUAGCCAAUGCUACGAGCUGCGCAAGUUUUGCCUACACAAUACGAAGUUGUUGUCGUAUCAGCUGCGCUUUCUGGCACACAGCCUGGACAAGGGCUGUCAUCACCUGAAGGAGCUAUCCCUGCUGCACUGUGCCGUUGGCGAUGCGGGCAUACGCUGUUUUCUCGAAACAUGCGGCAAGGAAUCAUUUGCCACUCUGACGGUUCUCGACCUGACCAACAAUAAAAUUACGGAGGAGGGCGCCUAUACGCUCAGCCGAACAUUGACCCAUGUGCCGCUGCAGCGUCUCGUGCUGCGCCUGAAUCCCAUACAAAGCGAUGGCGCCGCUGCCAUCUUUAACACGCUGCAGAUGAUGCCCAUCCGGCAACUGGACAUGGGCAGCUGUUCCAUCAGCGAGAGCAUUACCAAGUUGUUCAUGAUGCUGAUAUGCCAGCAGAAGACAUUGCUCUGCAUUGAUCUAUCUAACAAUUAUCUGGGCGAGGAUUUUGGCAAGCACUUGCUGAAGAUCAUAAACUGUAACAAGAUGCUCGAAGAGUUAGAUCUGCGCAACACGGGCGUUCCCUUAGCCACACGCCGCAAAUUUCAAGAGAUUCUGAUCAAGAAUGCCGAACGCAAGAAGCACGAGGCACUAAAGCAACAAAAACGAGAGAAAUUCAACGCUAUGAUUAAAUUUUAA